AGAUGUGAUUAAGAGCGCCACCUUCGUGCAUCGUUCUCAUAAGAUGGUAGUUCUCGUUUACGGGACACGUUGUGAAACCGCUAUCUCGUCCGCUAGUCGUGCGCCAUACAACAACACUGCGUACGCCUUGAGCUAAUACCAUAUGAUUAACAGUAUGGAAAGAAUCGGUGUAGGAAAGGGAAAGGCGGGGAUCGGCUGCUGACAGCUCGUUCGAAUAUCGCCUUAAACUUAUCGAAAGCCAAAAGUGUUUGAAUGCCUCUCAACUGAUCCGUGUUGUGUCACACAACUUUUUAGUUCGCCACAGCUGAAACUCGUGCAGUUUCUAUUAGUAGUCGAGUUGUGACGAAUUAGCUCAACCAUGUAGAGUCUGCAUUUCGUGACGAAGUUCGGAUACUACUAAUUGAGUACCUAUCAUUCAUUGUAUUGUAGUAACCGGUUGAAGUGGAUCCCGACUUUCAUACAUGUCAACACUUCAGGCUGUACUGGGUAAAGCCUCCCACGUUCAGGGUUCGAAAACGACAAAAAAUAUUCAUCCCAUCUAUUCCCUCUCUAAACCUACUAUAUAUAGGUAAUCCUAUCCACCAUGCAAUUACUGUUGGCCGUCUUUAUGUGCAUGUGCACCGUUUCAUUAUCGCUGCCGCGAAGGGAGGCAGCAUCGUUUGCCAAACAAUUGUUGAUUCGAAGAUUUGAAGAGGAGAAAACCUCAUCAGGCCGAGCUAACAACAACAACGUCACACAACCAUCCACCUCAUACGCAAGAUGCCUACUCUGCAAAGCGACUAUUUCCAUUGUGAACGAAUUCCUCUCUAAAGCGAAGUCAGGAGAUAACCUUGUGGCAAUUCUGAAGUUUGGCUGUAAAACGUUACGCAUCGAGACAGAGGCCGUGUGCAAUGGCAUCAUUCCACUAUUCAAGGAUAUGCUUUUCACUGUAAUAUCGCAAUCGCCAUUAUCCCCGCACGAUAUCUGCUCGAUUGUCUUCAAUAACGAAUGCGGCGAACUAACUGAGAAGUCUAACUGGACCGUUGCUACAUCCGGCGUACCUAAGCCGCCCGUAAAACCGAUUUCCGUGCCAUCCGAUUCUGCACCAAAGCUACGGAUCGCCCAUAUUACAGAUACACACGUCGACUAUCAGUAUGCCCCUGGCUCAAACGCUAACUGCGCGGAUCCGCUUUGUUGCCACACUGAUUCGACCCAGAAGAAGGGCUCUUCAGUUGGUGCGGACAACGCUGGCUUCUGGGGCACGUACGUGACUUGUGAUAUUCCUGAAAGAACAUUAAUUUCGGCACUCAAGUAUAUCGAAAAACAGGUGAAGCCUGAUUACAUUUAUUGGACAGGUGACAUCAUAUCUCACAACGUGUGGCAGACGACACGCGAGGGUAACCUUCGUCAGUUCAACCGAACUUUAGACGUACUACGAAUGUACGUUCCUGACGUCAAGGUCAUCCCUGUCAUAGGCAACCAUGAAGGAGUGCCAGUAAACUCAUUUCCCAUUCCUCAAAUUACAGGUCGUUUCUCAGUAACAUGGCUCUAUGAAUCGCUAGCCGAUGUCUGGUCACAUUACAUCCCUGAACAAAACCUCAAAACAUUUCGAAAAGGAGGAUUCUAUAGCUAUGAUCUCAGUUCUACCCUGAGGGUCAUAUCCCUUAAUAUGAAUUACUGUAAUACUUACAACUGGUGGCUUCUGAUUAACUCUACGGAUCCCACAGACCAAUUAAAAUGGCUCACAAACCAGCUGCAGGAAUGUGAGGAUAAAGGCAUUAAAGUUCAUGUGAUGGGACACAUCCCGCCUGGCCAAAGCGACUGCCUUUCGGUGUGGAGCCGAAAUUUCAACGAUAUCGUCAACCGCUACGAGAAUACGAUUGCAGGACACUUUUACGGUCAUACCCAUUUUGAUGAAUUUGCCAUUUUCUUUGACAAAGAAAACACAACGAGGCCCUUUGCAACGGCCUAUGUGGCUCCCUCGAUUACUACGUUUUACUCCGGUAAACCAACUUUCCGGGUCUAUGAUGUUGAUGGCAUCUACGACAACUCUACUUACCAGGUUCUGGACAUCGAGACUCACUCAAUGAAUCUGGAAGAGGCUAACCGUCAUCCCACUGACAUGUAUUCUCCAACGUGGGACGUCAUUCCAUCCAUCAAGCAGCACUACAAACUAGACUCAUUGCGACCCGAAGCAUGGGCGAAGUACGUUGAGCGUAUUAGAGUAGAUGAAGGCGCGUUCAAGGACUUUUUCGCCAUGUACAUGAAGCAGCUGCCAAAUAUAACCUACACCGAGGAGGAUCGUAAGAUGCUUCUUUGCCGACUACUUAGAACCAGAUCGGAGAUGCCGUGUCAACCCUAACCUGUACGUUUCGUGUCUUACGUCUGGUGUCGCCGUUAAGCCCAUCCUAAACCUUCAAAGGGUUUUCGUUUGAUGAUAACCACCACGCGGAAUUUCGAAAAAAAUGAAAGAAACUAAUACUGUCAUGCAGUAGCUUAUCUAGUAUUUUGUGUAUAAGUAACCAUACAACAUGUUACAUAUAUAUAUAUAUAUAUAUAUAUAUAUAUAUAUA